GGAAUGUCAGGUGUCAAAAGUAAACAUUUGUUUCAACCGCGUCUCCUGUCCUGUCGCAAAGUCAACUCCCAUGAGAAAUUUGUUUUGAUUGGAUUAUAAUUGCUUCGAAAAGUGCAGUAUCAAUGCAAUAACAUUUAAUAAAAAUGACUGAAACUAUGUCUCAGGUAGAGUCGGUAUGUCGGGCUUGCAUUGCCCCGUUUUGUGGUGAGAAGAUCCACCUUCUCAGUGUCCCGAAACUUUUGGAUUUAUUCACGCAAUUAUCAGCUACACAGGUCGAUAUCGACGACUGUUUGCCUAAAUCAAUAUGCUCAAAUUGCCACCAACGCCUAGAUGAUUUCAAUCAGUUCCAAGAAAUGUGCAUAGAAUCUUACAAAAUACUCCUCGAACGUUUUUCUAAGAGGCUUAUCAAAAUUGAAGAAAUAGAGGAGCCGAUCAAAACCGAAGAAGAGAAAGAGGAAACUCGAUCACAAAAUAUAUGUGAAAAUGAAGUUAUUGAAUAUGAAGGCUUCUGUGACGCCAACGAUAACGAUGACGAUGACAAGUCAGAGUCAAAAUUCGAUCCUCUAAAUGAUUGUGGCCUCUAUGAAGGGGAAAAUAGUAAGGAGAACUCUUGCAACGAGGAUGCUGAAAGUGAAUCUUCUGACGAUGAGAUCCUCGCGGAAAAGGUUAGGAAAUCGAGAAAAGGAAAGUCCUCAAGUGAAACUGAAGAAAAUAAAUCAAGGAAACGAAAAGCAGAAAGUGAUGAUAGUACAGACAAGAAAAAUAAAACAGAAACAAAGUGGAAAAGAGCAAAUGCAUAUGCAUGCAAUAAAUGUCCAAAAACAUUUAUGAAAAAGGAAGUUUAUGAGGGUCAUAUGAGGCAACAUGAAGGAUUGAAGCCAUUUGCUUGUGAUCAAUGCAAUAAAAAAUAUUCAAGAUUGGAACGCUUGAAAAAUCACAUUUUAAAUGAUCAUUCAGAGGCGCAAAUGAGAUUCUGUUGCGAUGUAGAAGGCUGCGAUAAAAAAUAUAGGAAUCGAGAGACCCUAAAACGACACAUCAAUUCACAUUUCAAUCCACCGAAAGCACCCAUCGACAAAAGUGAAAGACCCGUCUUUGUUUGUGAGUUGUGCGGGAAGCAGUUAUCAACAAAGGGAGUCUUGAAGGAGCAUGAAAUGAUGCAUAAAGGCGAAUUUCCAUAUGAAUGCGACAUAUGUCCUCGUCGAUUCCGUGUUCCAAAUAAAUUAUAUCUACAUAAAUUGCGUCAUCAAGGCAUCAAAAACUUCGAGUGUAAAAUAUGCGGCCUGAAAAAAACUACAAACAAAGAGCUCAAAAGUCAUAUGAAUGUACACACGCGUGAAAAGCAAUAUCCUUGUAAACUUUGUAAUAUAAUCUUUUUAACAAAUGGAAAUCUAGUUCGGCAUGUUCAAGUUGUGCACGAUGGUAUCAAGUUAUAUGCAUGUACAUAUUGCGACAAAGCCUUCGGUAAAGCAGAAACAUUACGUAAUCACACGAUGAAACAUACAGGCGAAAGACCACUGCCGUGUCCACAUUGUGAGAGGCGAUUCAUUUCUAGGACGUCGUUACAAUAUCAUGUACGACGACACGAGAAAGACGCCGCUGAAGCAAAAAACACGAAACCGGAACCUAUAGCUAAUCCUGAACCUGUGACAGAGCCUGAGAAACUAUCGCCUGAAGCAGCCUCAUUGAGUUCAUAUGUGAUACUCUUAACAUUGCAACAGUUAUUAAAGUGUAAAGAUUGUGAUGGUGCAGUGACUUUUAGUAAAUACGGACGUGGUUUAGGAUUCAAACUUUCUGUGAGCAUUCAGAAAGGAUUCAAUAUGGUGCUAAUUAACUAUAAAUUAGAAGAGCUUAGUUCGGAUGACCCAUUGCCUAAAAUGCUUUGCACUAAAUGCUACAAUCUCAUACGAGAAUUUGAUGCCUUUCAAAAGAUGUGCAUUGAGUCCUACAAUUUCCUAUAUUCCAAAUUUUUAGAAAAAUGUUUAAAAUUGGAAUCAAUGAACGAACUUGUUGUGAAGGAAGAAAAGAUUUCUGUAGGUGAUUAUCCAUUAGAGAUUCAACCGUAUAUUGGUUUCGAAGGUGGUAAUGAUAACAUCAGUAAAAAAGAUAUAAAUAUCACCGUUCUGAAUAAUGAGGAAUGUUCUAGUGAACAGAAACUCAAAGAAUCAAAAGAGGGCAUUCCAGAUUUCUCAGUCGAUGACUCAGAUGAUGAAAUUUUGGCAGAAAAAGUGAAAAAGUCAGAACGAAUCAAAAUAGAAAAUAUUAACGAAAAUAAGGUAAACAGCAUGGCUGUUGAAGUAUCGCCUUAUAAUAUAGCAGCAAACCGUAAUGAGACUGAAUCGCCAGAUGCCGACACAACACUGCAAAAUCCGAAGCGAAGAAGAAAAACUCGGAAAGAAAAAAAAUCAUCCUCAGAUGACGAUCCAAGUGUAAGUGGUAAAGAGAGCAGUGAGACUAAUAUAAAGGCCGAUAAAGACUUGUCUAAGACCGGAGAACUUGAGCAUCAUAGAACUAGUCCAUUUGUAUGCGGUAAAUGUUCCAAAAAGUUUUACACAAAAGUCCAUUAUGAGGGGCAUAUGAGAAAACAUCAGGGAGAAAAGCCUUAUGUAUGUGAGCAUUGCCCCAGAGGAUAUUCAAGACUGGUCCGGCUGAAAGAUCACAUUUUAAGUGAUCACUCCGGCGAAAAAGUUUGGUAUUAUUGCACUGUGGAAGGAUGUGAAAGAAAGUAUAGAUGUCAGCAGAGUUUAGAUCGUCACCUAAAGGGCCACUUCAAUCCCCAACCUGAAACGAAAACCAAGAAAGCUACCGUCAUUUGCGAACAGUGUGGUAAAAUACUUUCUAAAGGUGUACUGCGGGAACACGAAAUGAUGCACAAAGGAAUAUUCCCUCAUGUAUGCGAUCAGUGUCCAAAGAAAUUUCGUUUUCGUAACAAAUUGGAGGAACACAAAUUAGUACAUUUGGGUAUCAAAAAACAUUCCUGUUCGGUAUGCGGCAUGAAGAAAACAACAAAAAAGGAACUUGCAGCGCAUAUGAAUGUACACACCCGUGAGAAAGAGUAUCCUUGUCAGUUUUGUAAAUCAUGUUUUCUAACCAACGCGAACCUUGUUCGUCACAUCCUUGUUGUUCAUGACGGUAUCAAAAACUUCCAUUGUACAUAUUGUGGUCAGUCUUUUGGAAAAUCGGAGACUUUGAAACAUCAUAUGAUGCGUCACACCGGCGAGAAACCACAUAAAUGUCCAUACUGUGAAAGGAGAUUUAUACAGAAAGCUGCCAUGAUAAUCCACGCUAGGCGUCAUGAAGCGAAAGGCGACAAAUUAAUUGAUGCUCCCAGUGAACCAAAGCGUGGUGAAGUUAAUUAUAGUGAGAAGAUGGCGGAACCGGCCAACACUGUGGAAUUACUGUGCCGGGCGUGCACUUUGCCUCACUACGGCGAGAAGGUCGAUAUACUAGGGACGCCCACUUUGACGGACCUCUACAUUCGGCUGUCAGCGUCUCAUGUCGAUGCAAAGGACUCGCUUCCAAAACAAAUAUGUGCAACAUGCUAUCACCGCUUGGACGAUUUCAAUCGGUUUCAAGCUAUGUGCGCCGAAUCUUACAACAUCCUCUCGUCACAGUUUCCGAAAAUUGUAGAUUUGAAGCAGGAAGUAGCAUUCGUACCCGACAUCAAAGUUGAAAAAUCUGAAUACUUAGUCACCGAACCGCUUCCAGAAUUGUCUCAAGAAAUUAUCAAUUUCAAUAGUGAUAAUGAGAAUGAUGACAAUGAUAACGACCGCGACAAUGAUGAUGGAUUAGGUGCUGAUGAUAGUGAUGACGACGAUGAUGAAUAUGAUAUCAAAAAGGAUACAGACUAUGAUCCUCUCAAAGAUGAUAGGGAAUAUAACGUAGAAGAACUUGAUGAAAAACCAGAGGCAGACGUGAAGCCAAAUGUCGAUGAUUCAGAUGAUGAAAUUCUUGCGGAAAAAGUGAAAAGAAGACGUGGUAGAAGGCGGAAAAAGAACUCAAAUGAAGAUCCUGACGAUUUCGUUAAAUCGGAACAUGAUGACGAAGAUGAUACAGAGGAUAAAAUGGAUGGGGAGGAGAAUAGUGAAGGAGGUACAAAAAUACAAAAAAGGAGAAAACGGCGGAUGGAGGGUGAGUCAGCCGUGAAAAUUAAGUCUGAGCCGUAUGCAUGCAGUCAAUGUCCUAGGAAAUUUUAUAAGAAAGAGCGGUAUGAGGGGCACAUAAGGCAACACGAAGGAUUGAAACCGUACGCUUGUCCGCAUUGUCACAAACAAUAUUCUAAAGCUUUGCGGCUGAAAAAUCAUAUAACCAACGAACACUCGGAAAAUCCUAUGCGUUUCAACUGCACGUUUGAAGGAUGUGAUAAAGUAUAUAGGAAUCGGGAAAGUCUGAAUUGGCAUAUUAACACACAUUACAAUCCACCAAAACCGGUUGAUAAAGCCGAUCGUCCUGUCUUCAUUUGUGAAUUAUGUGGUAAAGCGCUAUCAUCUCGAGGAGUAUUACGGGAACACGAAAUGAUGCAUAAAGGCGAAUUCCCAUUUACUUGCGAUAAAUGUCCAAAACGCUUUCGAGUCGCUAACAAGUUACGCCAGCAUAAACUACGCCAUGAAGGUAUUAAAAAUUUUGAAUGUGCCACGUGUGGUAUGAAAAAAACUACACAACAUGAGGUCAACAUGCAUAUGAAUGUUCAUACGCGCGAAAAGCAGUAUCCAUGUAGAUUAUGUAAGGCCUGCUUCCUAACAAAUGCUAAUUUAGAUCGACAUAUUCGGGUUGUGCAUGAUCGCAUUAAACUUUUUGUGUGUUCGUACUGCGACCAGGCAUUCGGUAAAGCAGAAACGCUCAAACAUCAUGUGAUGCGACACACGGGGGAGAAACCGCAUCAGUGUCCUAUUUGUGGCAAGAAAUUCAUUCAGAAGACUUCAUUCCAGUAUCACGUUCGUCGUCAUGAUAAAGCACAACAAAAACAACAACAGAAACAACAACACCAAGAAGAACAGCAGCAGGAACAACAAUUGCAGUCUCAAUCCCAGAUACAAAUAGAAUCUCAAUUACAACCCGCCCCGCCACAGUUACAGCUGCAGCAACAACCACAGCAACCGCUCCACCAGGGCCAAGAAAUCCCCCAACCACAGCAGCAAUUCCAGCAAUUUUGACUAGAACAAUAAAAUGUAAAAGGAUUAGGGAUGCGAUGAAAUACAUUCGAAUUCCUGAAA